AGCGGAUCGUGCCGCUGCAGCCGAGCGCAGGCAGGAGGUCAUGUCCUCUGAGAUCCUGAGAAGGUGGCUGCAGCCCUUUGGACCUCCGGGGGAGGCAGUAAUAAUUAGCCUCCUCCUCCCAUCAUGUUCCGAGGAUGGGAGAAAGGAUGGUGAUGACACUGGAGGCCUGGGGUGCUCUGCCGGGCUGCGCAUAGACUGUCUGGCUUACUGAAAAAGGCUGGCCCUGGAAUCAAAGAAGAUCCCGGCUCCUUCCCCCUCUGCCCUUAUUUUUGACCUUGGGCAGUGCCUUCCACGUUUGUUGUGAGAAGCCAGAGAAAAAAAAUCAGAGCUCACCUUUUAUUAAAGUACCUGAUAUGCCCUAAGCUCCUUGGACCGCCCCAGUGACCCCUGGAGCCACAGGAGGGUAUCCAGAAGCCACUAGCCAUGGCUGUGGGGAACAUCAACGAGCUGCCUGAGAACAUCCUGCUGGAGCUGUUCACGCAUGUGCCCGCCCGCCAGCUGCUGCUGAACUGCCGCCUGGUCUGCAGCCUCUGGCGGGACCUCAUCGACCUGGUGACCCUCUGGAAGCGCAAGUGCCUGCGAGAGGGCUUCAUCACCGAGGACUGGGACCAGCCCGUGGCCGACUGGAAGAUCUUCUACUUCCUACGGAGCCUGCACAGGAACCUCCUGCACAACCCAUGCGCUGAAGAGGGGUUCGAGUUCUGGAGCCUGGAUGUGAAUGGAGGCGAUGAGUGGAAGGUGGAGGAUCUCUCUCGAGACCAGAGGAAGGAAUUCCCCAAUGACCAGGUCAAGAAAUACUUCGUGACUUCAUAUUACACCUGCCUCAAGUCCCAGGUGGUGGACCUCAAGGCCGAAGGGUAUUGGGAGGAGCUGAUGGAUACCACACGGCCGGACAUCGAGGUCAAGGACUGGUUCGCAGCCAGGCCAGAUUGCGGGUCCAAGUACCAGCUGUGCGUUCAGCUCCUGUCGUCCGCGCACGCGCCUCUGGGGACCUUCCAGCCAGACCCGGCAACCAUCCAGCAGAAGAGCGAUGCCAAGUGGAGGGAGGUCUCCCACACAUUCUCCAACUAUCCGCCCGGCGUCCGCUACAUCUGGUUUCAGCACGGCGGCGUGGACACUCAUUACUGGGCCGGCUGGUACGGCCCGAGGGUCACCAACAGCAGCAUCACCAUCGGGCCCCCGCUGCCCUGACGCCCCCUGAGCCCCCAUCUGCUGAACCCUGACUGGUAAACAACUGCUGUCAGAAAACGGCUGGGCUUGGGAAGGGGAGGUGGAGGCCAGGCGUCCCCACACCUCUGACCCUUGCCCCCAGCUGCCUCUUCUUUGUGGAGCCUCUCCGCGUGGGCAGCCCUCACAUGCUGGGGUGGGGGCCAGCUCUCCCCAAAAGGUCUUGACCUGAAUGAUGGGUGAGGAAGCCUGCAUGGGCCCCUUUCGGAGAUGGAGCACCUGAGAUGUGAGAGGUGCGGCGUGUUCCCCUGGGCCCCUCAGAAAGUCGAGCUUGGAGGCCAGCCUGGAUCUGUCUCUCCCUUCCCCGCCUGGGACCAUUCUACCUGUGUUCUUGGACCCUCAGAGCAGGGACAGGCAAGACAUCUGGCAAGCCUGCAGCUGCCCUGAUGGUGCAGGGAGGUGACCAUGUAACUCAGACCAGUCUGGAAAGCGGAGGGUGGGCUCGUGGGCCAUGCUCUGCCCCUGUCUGCUGCUCCCAGUCUCUUACUCUGCCUGCCUGCUCAGAAGAGGUGGCUUUAGCCCAGAGGCUCAGGCCCGGUCUGAGAUGGGCAGACCCAGGGUGGAGUGGGGUCCAGGUCAGGUGUGGACUUUCCUCACUAUCAAUAGAGCCUAGAAGCUAGAUGGGUGCCAGGUGGGGGUCAGGUUCCCAGAGGACUGAGGGAAUCCUGCACAGGAUGUCCCAGGGUAGGUGGGGAGCAGGGUUGGGACCCGCUCUGACAGCUGGACACGUGAGCCCUGGAUGAGUAUGGUAGGGUGUUUGAAGGAUCCCCUGCCCACCUCCCAAAUCCAGGCCAGACCCCCUGUGGCUUGGAGAGCAUUCCAAGCCCCCACCCCACCCCUAGAACUGGCAUUCCCAAGACCUCUGUCUCCCACCCAGCCACCCUUGGAACGUGCCUCUUGUCCUGCUGGAAGGACAGCAGUGUUCUCCUGACCUCGCCCUACUGCAUGCAGUCAAAUAAAAGGUGUGCCCAGCCUAACCUGUGCCCUGUGGUUUCUGGAAGGAAACGCAGACUUUAGGUGGUCCUGCCGGGACCUGCAGAUGGUACAAUGGUGUGGCUUCUGCCUAAGGUACAGAGGGGUUGGCAUUUCAGGAACCAGACCAUCACAGAAGCAGGUUCAUGGGACAGACCCCUCAGUGAGCUGCAGGUGUCUCACCUGGCAGCCGUCCAGUACUGCUAGCUUCCUCUAGAGGCCCAGCCACAGGCUGGGGUUGGGGUGUGUGGGCAUCUCUGAGCAGCCCUUGAGUCCACCUUGUGCCAGAUCAGCAGUGCCACCCAGGCUCUGCCUCCUGGUGUUAUUCUUUGCCAAGAGCUUUACUGACAUUGGAUGAAGCCGAAGCAUUUAGAAUGGUGCCUGGCACACAGCUGGUGCUUGAUAUGGUUAAGCCUUGUGUCCCCACCCACACCUCAUCUUGAACGGUAAUCCUGGGUGUUUAGGGAAAGACCUGGUGGGAAGUGACUGGAUUAUGGGGGCGGUUUUCCCCAUGCUGUUCUCAUGAUAGUGAGUUCUCACGAGAUCUGAUGGUUUUACAAGUGACAGUUUCCCUGGCUCCCUCCUGCUGCCACGUGCUUCCGCUUCACCUUCCACCAUGAUUGUAAGUUUCUUGAGGCCUCCCCAGCCAUAUGAAACUGUAAGUCAAUUAAACCUCUUUCCUUUAUAAA